AUGAGACGCACUAAAACAGGCUUGUUUGUCGGCAAGGAGGGUCCGAUGACUCACAGUGGGGCCAUCAUAGGCGCAGGGAUUCCUCAGCUUCAGAGUAUUACGUUAAGGAAAUUGAGCUCCAAAUUCGCUUUCUUCCGUACGGACAGAGAAAAACGAGACUUUGUCGCAGGAGGAGCAGCAGCCGGCGUUGCAGCCGCGUUCGGAGCCCCUAUAGGUGGCGUGUUAUUUAGUCUCGAGGAGGGCUGUUCAUUCUGGAACCAGAAACUCACGUGGAGAACGUUUUUCUGCUCGAUGUCGGCAACAUUCACCGUGAACUUCUUCUUGAGCGGUCUGGAGUUCAGCUGGGGCUCUUUCUACUCGCCGGGACUCAUUAAUUUCGGCGUUUUUAAGUGUACGGACGAGGAAACAGUUAACGGCACGUGCCGCCUCUGGACCGCCAUGGACCUGUUCAUCUUCGUACUCAUGGGGCUGAUAGGGGGCCUGCUAGGGGCCGCGUUCAACAAGCAUAACAAGUGCCUUACCAUCUACAGGAUGAGGCACGUGUUUCCCAAACACAAGGCGGUCAGAAUCGUUGAAGCGUUACUUGUCUCCAUGGUAACAACGACAGUAGUUUUCGUGUCGCCCAUGAUGCUAGGGCACUGCAUUCCUACCGUGACUGGCAACCAGACGAGUGUGAACCAGACGAUGACGGACAUCGGGUCGAACGUGCGCACGUUUUUCUGCGACAACGGUUCCUAUAACGACAUGGCGACGUUGUUCUUCAACUCACAGGAAGAGGCCAUUAAACAACUCUUCCAUCAGCCCGGUCGGUUCGAGCUGCAGACACUUGGUCUCUUCAUGGUGUUCUUCUUCCUGUUGGCAUGUUGGACAUACGGUGUUGCGGUCCCCAGCGGGCUCUUCGUACCCUGUCUGCUGUGCGGUGCCGCUUACGGGCGCUUCGUGUCCACUCUUCUCCGCGACGUAAUAGGCUAUGACCGUGGUAUCUACCUGGGCACGUUCUCGCUGGUGGGGGCGGCGGCAUUCUUGGGUGGAGUCGUCCGAAUGACCAUCAGUCUCACGGUGAUCCUCAUAGAGUCCACCAACGAGAUCAGCUACGGACUUCCGCUCAUGCUGACACUCAUGGUGGCCAAAUGGUCGGGGGAUUUGUUCAACGAAGGCUUGUACGAUAUUCACAUUAAUCUGCGAGGGGUUCCUCUCCUGGGCUGGGACGUCCCGGAAGUAAUGCACAGCAUUUUUGCGCGGACUGUGAUGAGUAGCAACCUGCAUUUUAUAUUCCCGCGCACGCGCGUGUCCGUGUUGUACCGGAUAUUGAAGACAACGGCGCACAACGCCUUCCCCGUGGUGAGCGUGGUAGAUCGGGAGGAGAGGGACAUCGGUAACAUCAGCGUCCACGACGCAGAAGGUAGCAACGAAACCCUAGAUCCAACUACAAUGAUAGAGAGCAACCAAGCACAGGUCUUGAAAUUUGAAGGCCUCAUUCUCCGGUCGCAGUUAGUGGUGCUCCUGAAAAAUCGAGUGUUUUAUGACGACAAGGCACAGGCGGACACUCAGCCGAUGGUUCCGUACACAACACUGACGGAGGACUACCCACGGUAUCCAGACAUCGCAGACAUUUCCGGUACAGCGAUAUCUAAAAGUCAGUGUAUUAUGGACGUGCGUCCGUAUAUGAACUCAACACCUUACACGGUGUAUCCGGAGACACCUGUACCAAAAGUGUUCAACUUGUUCCGCAGCAUGGGCAUUCGUCAUCUUCCGGUUGUAGACCAUUUCGGACAGCUUCAAGGGAUUAUUACAAGACAUAAUCUGACGCACGAGAACCUCGUGGAACGACAACGCGAGCUUAACAACAUGGAGGACCUUGGGGUGUUUGACCGGACCCGCUACUAUUGACACGUGUUCAUACAAGCUACAUUCUGAGAAAACUGGGCUAAAGCAUGUGCGUAAAGUGUCAUCCAAUGUUAGCCUGUGCUGUCUGCACAUGCUUAUCAGGACGACGCUUUCCGCUUGAAAUAUAUUUUUCGUUUAGAAAAGUAUCUUCUUAACGAAGAUUUUGAAUAUUUUUAAUGUUGGUGAAUUUGCCGCAAGCGCAGCUUGUUCAAAUGUUUGGAUAGAAACAUAAUUUAUUUUGUUUGAUCGUGAGAAUGUUGAGUAAAACGAGUACACUAAUUAAAUAAUGAAACAUUUGAGAACCAGAAAUUAACAAACGAUUUAUAUUGGCGCCGAUGUUUCAUAUUACACAGACAAACAAAUGAACAAUCAAUCCACGUAGCGACGCGGUUUAAUGCCUUUUUAAGCAGAGCACAUGUCUAUCAUUUAAUAUAUAUAAUUAACUGAUUGUAGACAAUCACUUACGGUAAACAAUGACAAAAAAUAUCACAUUUGGUAUACUAUUUCAGCAUUUUAUAUACAUGUAUUUAAAUAGUUUACUUGGCAUUUAAAUUGUACAUGUAUUAUUAAAUAAUUAGAGGUAUAUGUAUGGUGAAUUCAUAUAUGAACUAAAUAAUCAUGCAAUCCGAUGUAUACUAUGUUGCUUUGUUUUGUUUUGCAUUUCUAACUUGACGUUUAUUUGCCAUGUUUACGUUACAUUGGUCAAAUUAAUAAGAUGUGUACAGACUAUUUUUAUUAUAAUCAGAUUUUUAAAUAAUUGACAAUUUUCAUUUAUUGCAAUUAUUGUUGGUCAUUUUGCUCAAUAUUUUUAAUUGCUUGCUGUUAUCACCUCAGUUCAUUGAGUACCGAUAUUUGCAUUGCGUUAUAGGCGUUCAUUAUUGUGGUAUUAUUACAUACAUUUAGCGUUCCAUCGUAGUAAUUUAGCUAUUUAAUACAGGAGUCAUGUGAGGUGCUAGGCGUUCCGAAGUCACAAAUGCGCUUUGACUUUAAAUGAUAUAUUAUUACGCAAGUAUUGUAAAUAACAUAAAUUUGCCGUAUUUUAAAAUGAUUGUAUAUUUAUCUUUGAAGUAUUCAA